CGGAGGGACACCUACCGGAGGGACACCUACCGGAGGGACACCUACCGGAGGUACACCGCCAUGCCCCCCUACUUGGAGCCAGUUGCAAGGCAAAUGCUACAAGAUGCCUGGUGCCGGCGUUGCAUUGAAAGAGGGCAAGCAGAUUUGUGUUGAGUUGGGUGGGGCGAUGGUUGUCCCUCAGUCCACAAAAGAGUUACAAACCAUCCUCAACAUGUGCAGUUGCAGCAGUUUCUGGAUUGAUUGCAACGACAUUCAAGAAGAAGGUACCUGGGUGUGUUCAGAUGGUGAAGGUACUAUUGACAAGCAGGACAAGAGAUGGAUGAAUGGUCAGCCAGAUAGUAACAAUGGCAAUGAAGAUUGCGCUGUAGGCCGGAUUGCAGGCUGGCACAAUUGGGGUUGUGGAACAACACACAAGUUAAUCUGUCAGCGUCCAGUACGAGCACUGUAGCUCCUGUGAAAGGUUGCUCAAUAUUCUGGGCAAGUUAAUCUGUCAGCGUCCAGUACGAGCACUGUAGCUCCUGUGAAAGGUUGCUCAAUAUUCUGGACAAGUACCUUUUUAUGAGAGGGCACAUUGCCAAUUUUCUCAAAUGUUGUCAUUUGGAAUCUGUUCCUUAUCCCAUUUUUAGGGUUGUUUAUGCACAAAACACCAAUCGUGUAUUUAUAAUUAGUGAGAUAUCAAUAUUGAUAUCUGAAACAAAAAGUCGCAUCCCCUUAACCCUUUAGUCCCUGCA